UAAUUCUAGGCUGCAGAACCAGCCUCAAAGGCACUAUGGAAUUACCUCUCCGAUUAGCUUGGCUCCUCCUAAGGAUAUAGAUUGCAUUCAUACUCAGAAGCUAGUUGAAGCAAUGAAGUUAUUUGGGGUAUUUGAAGAUGAGGAAGAACAGAAUCACAGGCUGGUUGUUCUUGGUAAACUGAAUAACUUGGUCAAAGAAUGGAUUUCAGAACUUGGUGAGAGCAAGAAUCUUCCCCCUUCAGCAGUAGCAAAUGUUGGUGGCAAAAUAUUUACAUUUGGUUCUUACAGGCUUGGAGUACACACUAAAGGUGCUGACAUAGAUGCUGUUUGUGUUGCUCCUAGACACGUGGAAAGAUCGGAUUUUUUUCGGUCAUUCUUUGAAAAACUAAAACAUCAGGAAGAAAUAAAAAAUCUAAGAGCAGUUGAAGAUGCGUAUGUACCAGUUGUCAAGUUUGAGUUUGAUGGCAUUGAGAUUGAUCUUGUGUUUGCGAGACUGUCUAUGCAAACUGUUUCUGAUAAUCUUGAUCUCGGAGAUGACUCGCGUCUGAGAAGCCUGGAUAUAAGAUGUAUACGAAGCUUAAAUGGCUGCAGAGUUACUGAUGAAAUACUACAUCUAGUGCCAAAUAAAGAGAACUUCCGGCUCACGCUCCGUGCAAUUAAACUGUGGGCAAAACGCCGUGGCAUUUACUCCAACAUGCUGGGAUUUCUUGGUGGGGUUUCCUGGGCAAUGCUAGUAGCAAGAACAUGUCAACUCUAUCCAAAUGCUUUGGCUUCUACUCUUGUUAACAAGUUCUUCUUGGUUUUUUCAAAAUGGGAAUGGCCAAAUCCUGUAUUGCUGAAACAACCUGAAGAGAGCAAUCUUAAUUUACCAGUAUGGGACCCUAGGGUGAACCCAUCGGACCGAUACCAUGUAAUGCCUAUCAUCACCCCAGCCUAUCCACAGCAGAACUCUACAUACAAUGUAUCUACAUCAACGCGAGCGGUAAUGGUAGAGGAGUUCAAACAUGGUCUUGCAGUUACAAAUGAGAUUCUCCAAGGAAAGUCAGACUGGUCAAAGCUCUUUGAACCACUGAACUUCUUUCAGAAGUACAAACAUUAUAUUGUGCUGACUGCUAGUGCCUUUACUGAAGACCAUCACUUAGAGUGGAUUGGCCUUGUCGAAUCUAAAAUUCGUGUGCUGGUUGGAAACUUGGAGAGGAAUGAAUUUAUAACUAUUGCACAUGUAAAGCCACAGUCUUUCCCUGGCAACCAAGAACUCUGUAAACAGAGUGGAUAUGUGUCAAUGUGGUUUCUUGGAAUCGUAUUUAGGAAAGUGGAAAAUGCAGAAAGUGUUAACAUUGAUUUAACGUAUGUUAUACAGUCGUUCACAGAUACAGUUUACAGACAGGCUAACAACCUCAACGUGCUAAAGGAAGGUAUGAAGAUUGAGGCAGCUCAUGUGAAGAGAAAGCAUCUCCACUAUUUUUUGCCUGCAGAAACCUUGCAGAAAAGAAAGAAGCAAAGCAUGCCAGAUAUUAGUCAAAAUGCUAGUGGGCUUCAGUGCAAAAGGACUUCUUCAGAUGGAAGCUAUUUGGACAGUUCCAGAGACACGGACUCCAGAACACCAUAUAAUUCCUCUUCAUUAAAUAAGAUAUCUAAAUUGGACACCUCUACAGUGGAGACAGAAAGAAAUACUGUGUAUCAGAGAUCUAAUUGUGCUAACAAUAGAGAGAAGAUACCUCAUGUGGCUGUGCCAUUGGUGUCUAAGGGACUCUCCAUUCCUGUUAUUGAUUCAAAAAUGGAGACUGCAGUUGCAAUAAGAACAUCGGGUCGUCCAAUUGCUUGCACCAUUCCAGGACAUAACACAAUUUCUCAACUCAGAGCACGUUUUGUCCAAGGACAGCAUGAAUUAAGUGGGACUCCAAUUACAGAUCCGAAGAACGCUGCACCUAAACGACCUUAUUCACCGACCCCUAAAGGAUAUCAUUCACCUACAUCAGAAGAAUGCCCCAAAAAGACUGUAGACGAAGACAAGUUAACUGGCCAGGAUUCAGCAUUCAAAGAUGGUGGCAAUCCAGAAGAUGUCAGGAGAGGAUCUACAGAAAAUGGUGUCCUUGGAGGAAAAUCCAUGCUGAUUCCAAUUAUCAACACAUCCAGGUCACAGAGGCUUUCCAGUAAUGAACUACCGGAUUCUUCAUCUCCUGUUCCAACAAAUAGUAUUCGUAUUAUUAAAAGAUCCAUCAAACUUACCCUGAACGGGUAA